AUGUAUUGCCGUCGGAAUGAAAAAGGUCUGAAUGAAUUAGAGGCCAGUCGUAUAUCAGAGCUAAUGGAGGCUACGUGUUUCGAUGUGGGAAUGAAAAAGGAAUUCAUCCGAAACGCCGAACAAAAUGAAAUGAGAAAACAAUUGAUAAAAGAAAACAAAUUAAAACAAAACAAAUUCAAUGCAUUGACUGCCGAUAGCCUGUCGGUGACCACCAACUCAUCUGACGAUUCAAACAAUGAAAAAGACUUUUUCAGCGAAAUAUUUGACGAUAUUAUAAGUAUUAGCGAUGAGGAGCUCAUUGAACAAAUG